UCCGUGCGGUUAUCCUCGCGGCUCGUUAUCCUGGCCAACUUUCAACUCGUCCGUGCGAUUUGCCCGCUUGAUACGUGAUAUUGCGCGUACUUCAAUUAACACAAAUAGUUUGGCGAGAGUGUGAAGUUUCGGGUGUCAGCCCAAAAUUAAAUAUGUAAAUUAUUGUGUGGAGUGCGGCCUGUAAUUGAACAAACUGUGAGUCUAAUUGCGGAUAUGUCUGUCUUGUAUCCACUCAAUUCGACGAUUUUUCCGGUCCUGACCUAACUCAAGCGUUAUGCAUAGGCGCCGCAUUCAGAAAUGAUUUUUGUUUGCCACAAAAACCCCAACCUCGGUUGCUCUGCGAAGUGCGAUUUAUUUUUUAUUUGCUGGUUCGUUAGUUAAAUUAGUGGCCUUUGAUUAGUGGCUGGCUUUCGCCGGCAGACAAGCCAUCAAUCAGCUAAAAAAAAAAGAAUAAACUCUUUUUUAAUAGCUAAAUAAACGCGCUAAUAGCUUUUGCUUCGAACGAUAAAUUUUGUUUUCACGGACAGUUGGCAAACUAAUAUUUUUAGCGGGGUCUACAAAUUAAAUGAUAACAAAAAGCACUAAACAUUUUCCGAAAGCAAAUUUAAAUUGUGAAAAUGAAUAUAUUUGCUUUAACGUGAUAAAAACUUGUUGUAGUAUUUGUAAUUGAAGGAAAUGAAUGUGGCAAAAUCGAUCCGAAUCGAGAGCGUAUAAGCUGUUGUCCAAAUAAGAAGGAGCUGCUGUUUAGCUCGCUAAUCCGCUUCUAAUUAGAGUGAAGCCCCCUCCAAUUAACGAACGUAAACGUUGGGGGAUAAUCAGUAGAAUAUCUCUCGUUGCGCCGGAAAUUAAAGCAAUAAAACACCAGCGAAUCAUUUGAAUUGCAGAAUCGAACGGUUUUAUGUUUAUGUUUGCACCUGAUUAGCGGACAAUUAAUGCCCAUCGACAAUUAAAUGCUGCCUGUUAAAUAAACGCAAAAUAAAUGUAAUUAAAUUAAUUUCGUGCUGGGCAAAGAAUAACAAGGAAGUGUCUGUACAAAGUUCAACGGGGAAAAUAAAAAUAAAAUAAAAAUAAUAUGAAAACUGUGUGAGCAGUCUACGUAUGAAAAGCCAGCAACAAAACGGCAGCGGGAAAAGCAUCAGCUGCGGAAAAGUAAACACAAAGUUUUGGAUUCUGGCAGUGGCUGUUUGCACAGCAUCCGGGACUUCAUAAUUUCAUCCGGUUGUAUUUAAAUUAUACUCAAGGUGCCACGAAACAGGAUUUCCACAUGCCGCAUAAAUACCCCUAAUCCUGUGCGAACACCAAACGAAAAAAAAUGGGCCGAAUGUCAAUGAGUGACUGGGCCGUGGCAGCCGCCAGGAUCCCGCCAAUUCACGUCCUCGCCGAAUGAUAAGCUGCCUGCGGGCUAAAAAAAAACAAAAAUAUCCAGAAAAUAGAUAAACUAGGAAUCCUUACGAGCGGGUGCAAGUGCAAAAGGCGAGUCAAUGACCCUCGUCCGGCUAUCAACGAUCGUAUGGCUGCUGAUGCUCCUGCCGGCGGUCCUGCCACGCCCACAAAAGGAUGCCGACCAGAAGUUCUCGCUGCCCGCCGUACCGCUUCCCCCGCCGCCGCCCUUCACCCCCGGCAAGAAUCACUUUGCGCUGAACGCCUUCGCCGGAGAUCAUUCGUCCGGUGGCCAUGGCUCCUCCGCCUCCUCCUCCGCUGGAAAUCCGGAAUGCGGUGGGGUGCUGAAAUCCCGUCACGGAAUCAUCCAGACUCCGAACUUUCCGCACAGAUUUGCCACGCCCAUGGAAUGUGUCUGGAUCAUCGACGCCUCCGAUCUGCCAAAGGCCCAGGGGCAGGGAAACGUGUCCAUCGUUGUGUACUUGACCCAACUCUACGUGCUCAGUGGACUGAAGUUCACGGAGUACAUGUACUACUCGGAUGACUUCAAGGUUCCCGCCCACCGGGUGUUCUCCCUCACGGAGGACGAUGUCACCCAGGUCACGUGGGUGCAGUUCCACAGCCAGUAUCUGGAGAUCCGGUUCACCAUGGCCACGCUGGAUGGCACGCAUCUGAGAGCUCUGGAUCGCCUGCUGGACGUCUACGGGUUCAACAUCACCUACGAGGUGCAGAACGAGGUGAAGUCAUCGCAGUGCAACACGCUGCAGUGCCGAUUCCUCGGAGAUUGCUUCGCCAGUUCCGACUUCAGCUCGUAUGGCUGCUCCUGUUUUCCCGGCUUCAGCGGCAGCGACUGUGGUCAUGGCCCACUCUGCCAGGACCUCCACACCAACGUCUGCCAGAACGGCGGCACUUGCAAGCACAUCGGCGAUGCAGCCAUAACUUGCCACUGUCCAAAGGGCUUCAAGGGGACCAGAUGCGAGAUACCCGAAAUAAACGAGACGACGCAGGGCUGCACCAGCAACACGAGCUCCAUUGAAUGCCAUCAGGCCUGCGACUUUGACAGUUUUAGUCGCUCUGGUUCCUCCUCUGCUCAGAGUUAUUCCGCCAUUAAGAGUAUCCGGAGUUCAGCCCGGAGUGGUAAAACUCGGUACGAGGUCACCAUGAGACUGGGUGCCAAUCUUACGGGAUACUAUCGACAUGCCGAUAGGGAACAACUGUCGGGAGUUAUGGAGAGACAGCUUGGUCGUGUUUUGCGUAACUUUAACAUCACAAAGAUUAGCGAUCUGGAGCUGAUAUCGAACUCUUCCGACCGACUGGACAUAACCUUCCACUUCUUUGGUGUCAAAGGGGACUCCCAGCGGAUCCGGGAUGCCAUCACCAGGAUGGUGGAACGCGGCAGGAUUGGAAACUUCACUUUGGUGGCGAAUUUCCAUCACUUCGACGAGAAUCCACCAUUGGGUUUGCUGGAACUGAGCGUCAAUCAACCGCAAUCGGGAGUUCGCGAGGCCAGCGAGUUCAUCAUAUCCUGCACCGCCCAGGGAUCCUCCAGGAUGCAGUUCCAGUGGUUCAAAGACGGCGCUUCGGUGAACGCCAGCAAGGCGACAAGGGAAAUCUGGACCACGGUCCUACCGCCCGAGACCAAAGAUGUCUACACCGCCAUUCUGGGAGUUACCAAAGCGAGUCGAAUCGACGAGGGCGUCUACAGCUGUAAGGUCACCGAUUGGGGCGUGGAGCAGUGUCGCUCCCUCCACAUCCACAUCAAGUCUCCGCCCCGUCUGCGCGUGGAUCCUGCGAGUGUGACUCUCCAGCGGGGGGACUCCCUGCGGGUGCGGUGUCUCUCGCCUGGGAACGAUGACAUCAAGCGGUACGCCCAGCUCGGCUAUAGUUGGACAAGGAACGGGAUCCUGUUCCAGUCGGAUGCGGCCACCGCCAUGUGGGAGGACCUGUAUCCCGACGGCAGCAUCCUGAAAAUCAACAACAUCCAGAAGUCGGCGGAGUACGCCUGCCUCGUUUCGAACAGUGUGCGUCCCGUGUCCCGGAGUGUCUACAUCAAUGUCAUCGAGCGGAAUGCCGUGCACGUCUGUCCGGCGGAGUCCACCUACGGAGUCCACUGGCCCACCAGUGCGCCGGGAGCACCCAUCAUCACCGAUUGUCCGCGGGGAUUCGAGGGACAUCUGCGUCGCAUUUGCGAGCAGAGGGACACUGGCAACUCCACCUGGCUCCUCCCCGAUUUCUCGGGUUGUGUGAGGGACGAACUGCUGCUCAUCUACAAUCGAUUUCUGGCCCUGAGUGCCGGGUUCCAGCAGACGAACUCCUCGAACAUCCUGAAGGCCUGCUUCGACUUUACUCUCCAGAGACGACAUAGCUUUCUGCCCGGCGAGGCCAGUUUCCUCAUCGAUAUGCUGCACGAGCUCGACACCUACCUGCAAUUGAAAGGCACACAACUGGAGCGCGAGAUGGCCGCGGAGAUAAUACUGCGGAUCCUGGAUAAAGUCAUGCAGAAUGCCCAAUCCCUGAACAGUCAACAGCAAAUUAAAAAGCUGCAGCAGCUCACGCAGUCGGCGGCUCUGAACCGGGAGACCAUCGCGGCCUCCCAGUUGGCCACUUCGACGAGCGGCGGCGGAGGAGGAGGACAGCCGUCGGCGGGCGACAGUUCGACCCGAGGAGAUGAUGGCAGCGGGUCAGGGGUCACGGCAGGUGAGAUUUCCGCAGGACCUGCGGGCAGCAUCCUCCAGGCAAACCGAGCUGCCGGCGGAGGAGGAGGAGUAGGAGGAGUUGGAUCUGCAUCUGGAUCGGGAGCCCCGAGCAUUCUGACAGUCGAUGAGGACACUCUGUCGCUGGACCGCCUGAAUUCACUGCGCAUUUACAUGACAUCGGUGAAAACGCUGCCGUUUAAUUUACGCAUUUACGGGGAGGAUUUGUUUUCGGACCAACUCUAUAUGGACAUUGGACUAUCGACCCGUCUGCUGCACAUCAUGGCCAAUUCGACGAUAUUCGCCUCGGUCAUCUCCUACAAGAACCUCAAAAGUUUCCUCCCAAAAACCUACUACACUCGUGGCAGCGAUCCCCGUGACUCGGAUUACGUGCUGGCCUCGCGGAUAAUCCAAACGUGGCUGUUCCAAUCGAACCGCUCCAACGACAACUUCCGGGAGCCACUGGACUUGCCCUUCGAGGCUGGUCACGUGGAGAUCAUCUUCCAGCACGAGAGUGUUCCCAAAUCAGGAGAUUGGGUGGCAGUUUGCGGUCACGACUACAAGGCCUCGUUUGAUUCGACGUGGCGAUCGGAUCUGUGCAUCACCAAGCACCUGAUGGCCAACAUCACGCGGUGCAUCUGCCCGCUGAGCGGAACCUACGUGGUCAUGCUCACCAAGCGCCAGCAAAAUGCCACUCCCUCGCACGCCCCCCGCCGCCCUCUCUUCGUGAUCGCCAGCUGCGCCUGCUGCCUCCUCCAGUGCGGAUCCGCCCUGCUCAUCCUGGCGCCCAUCUGGUGCAACCGCAAGUGCGCCGUCACGUUCCUCAAGAUGCAGUUCUGCAUCUCCACCUCCAGCGUGAUGCUCAUCUACCUGCUGGGCUUCAUGAAAAUGCUGCCGGCGAGUUGGCACGGCAUCAUUAGCAGCUCGCUGGCCUCGCUCCUCUUGUUGGCCAUCUCCACCCUGAUUGCCAUCGCCUUGGCCAUUCACACGGAGCUCAUGCCGAAGAAGUAUCUCCAGAUUGGCAUUGGCAAACCAUCCACGCCCACAAAGCGACGUCUCGAAAGGGAAAGGGAGCGGGAAAGGGAUGGAAUUCGUGAUGGAGUGAGGGAUCGUGAGCUGGAGAGCCUGAGCAACAUCACCCAGAUCCGGGCCCAGUCGCCUCUGGCAGCCACCGCCUCAUCCGCGAAUCCCGUGAAGCUGCGACCACCACAGCCACCCAGUGGAAAUGCAACAACCGGAAUGCGUGGCGCCAUCGGCAUUAGUUGGCUGCUGCCGCUCCUCUUCGCCGUGGCAGCUCCGCUAAUCUGCAGCAUUAUUGGCCAGUGGCCACGCCACUGGUGGCUGGAAAUCCUCUGGACGGGAUCCCACGCCCCCGCGGGCAAACAGGAAGCGGACUCCGAGGGCGGCGGCGGCUUCUAUUCAACGCAUUCGCUGCUCAACGGCGAUAAUUUACUGCUCGAAAUGGGAAAUGGAACCAGAGCCACAACAGAGGCAUCUUCAUCUUCAUCUUCAUCAGCCGCAGCUGAUGGCGAUGAUGAUGAUGAUGAUGCGGCCACAUCGAUGUCAUCAAUCAGUAGUGGUGGAGCAGCAACUCCGAGCAGCAGCAACAGUGACUUCUUUCAAGAGCAGCAGCAGCAGCAGCAGCAGUUUCCCGCCUUUUGGAGGGGCAAAGGAGGCACCUCCUCCUCGUACUCCCCCUCCUCCACUUCCGUUUCCGCCCUGGCUGCGCCUCUCACUUCCGGUUCGAGUGACGCUCCAACAACAGAGUCGCCCUCGCUCAGCUUCAUCCUGUUCAUCUGCAUCGAUUUGCUCUUCAUCCUGCUCUUCCUGGCGCUGUUUGCCAUUUUAAUGAAGAAACUUUUGUGGUUGUGGCACAAGAAUCGCAAUGUGCAUACGCAUCCGUUGGAUAAAUUCAAUCUGGCUUUGCGACGGCGAUUCGGAUUACUUUAUCGGGCCGGCGGACUGCUCUUCUCGAAAAUCUGCUGCGACGGGCUGUUCAUCGCUUAUGUUAAUUCAUCACCGGAUACCUUGUGGGCAUAUCCGUUCGGCAUAUCGUGCAUAUUAUUGGGCUCCUCCAUCCUCAUCUGCUUCGUGAUCAAGGCCGAGAGUCAGUUGAGGGGACCUCCGUUCCUGAGCAGCAAUGGGAGCAGUCAGAACAGCUCCCUCAAGCAGGCCAAAUUCAAUACGAGCAGGAGCAGCCUGGACGAGAACUAUUGCACCACCACGACGACGACGGCCAAUGUGAACAGUCCGCUGAGCUUCUACACCAACCACGACAAGGAAAAGGAGAACGACUGCGGCGUGUCCUUGUCAAUGUCCAAUGCAGUUGUGUCCUCCGCAGCAGGCGGAUCCUUGGCCUCUUCAAUCGGAGGAGGAGGCGGGGGAGUAGGAGGAGGAGGAGGAGGCGGAAGUGGUGGUGCCCCGCCCCUCCAAUCGAAGGUGGGCCUGGAACUGUCCGGAGCACCAGGAUCCGGCGUCCCUCUGCCGUUGACAAUCAUCUCGACGGCGCCGCGCUGCCAACCAGGAGCAGAUGGACCGGCGGAGUCCUUCCUCGGCGACCGACAGGCCCUCUCGGUGGCCCCCUCGCCGGACACCCGGUGUUGCGCCAUCCUGGGCGGGGGCCCCGCCUACGAUGCGUACACCAUGCGAAUGGGCGUGGGCGUGGGCGUUGGAGUGGGCGUGGGCGGACUCACAGGAAGCCUGGGGAGGCGCACGUUGCAUCAGCAGCCGACGCACUACCGCCCAGGACCCUGCGGCGAGUUCGUGGGCGUCGAGACUCUCGAUAUCCUUCAGGGCGUGGCAGCAGACAGUAUAAUUGGCAUUCACACCAGUGCGAUAAUGCCCACGGCCGGCGGCACUCCUCAUUAUGUUCCGCUGCAGCAUAAUCCCUACGUCGACUUCGUGCCCAGUCCCCUGAUCCUGAGCAUGGCGCCACCGCCGACCAUAAGCGGCAACCUGAGUGGAGCGGCGGGGAUGCCGGCCAUCUCGACCAUUCCCAACAUGUCCACGUUGCCCACGCAGACGCCCAAGACGCAGAAGCGCGUGACCAUCCUGGAGCCGACAUCGAGGACGACCUUUGACCCCCUGCUGCCCACCAUGGUGGCCGCCGUGGUCUCCACUUCGACGGUCACCAGCACGGCGACCACGACCCCAGCGACGCCCACAAACACUCAGAGUGGCAAUGAUGCAACACUGGAUCGCAUCACCCUUGAUUUGGAUUACCUGCUGAACAGGGGCGCGGUGGAGGCCACAGAUGGCGGGGGAGUGGUGGCGCAACCAUCAUCACAGCCACCCACAUCCACUGAUGACGGCCAGCAAAAACAAUAGCAAUAUCCAAGUGAGUCCGAGGCGACACCUGCUGGCCAACACCGACACUAAGAUGCAUUUAAGAGGCUUCGAUUUUCUACCAAAGACACAUGUACAUAUAUGUAAAUCAAAUUUCACAAACUAAACUAAAACUACCGUAGAAAUCUCUGUGAAUAUUCAUGUACGUAUGCAUCGGAUAAUGCUUGAAAUGGAAAGCAAUCAAUUGAAGUCCUGGUUUAUCAAAUGAUCCCAUCCAAUCCUAGUUUUCGUUCAAUCUGCCAGCUUCUGGCUAAAUCCCAUGAAAUGUUCAAACUUAAUGUCUUUUAAAGUGAUUUGGACAUCAAUCAUACCUAGACUCAUAUUUAGAAUACACAUUUAACUUUACGUCAUUGCAUAUGUAAACAAAUUGAAAGAAUUUAAACUAAAGAUAACUUUUUAGCUAGAUUUACAAAAAGCCUAUUAAACAGAACACAAUGAAAUUGAAUAAAUUAAUGAGCGAGAUCACAGCAAGGUGUGAACAUGUUUUUGAUUCCAUUUAAAGUUUUCCUAGUAUUAAUGCAACAUUAAGCCCCAUUAAGAAAACAAAAGAGAUAAAAACCUACAAAAUACAAUAAUUGUAAAACUAAUAAACAUAACAGGACUAUUUCUGGAACAAAACAAAUUAUACAGAUAUAUCUUUAAAUAAACUCAAGACUCUUGUUAGAAAAUCUAUGAAAAUGCCAAACGCGGUUGUUUUUAUU